AUGGUUCCGAGGAAUCGCCUCAGAUCAGAUUCUUCAGGACCCUCCUGCUUGGUCAUGAAAUCCUCCGUGAGUGCACAAGUGUACCAGUCACUACAGCCGAAACUCGCUCAAAUCGGGGAUCUUUUGUCGUUACAGGUCGAGUGGUUGUGUAUAAAUGAUUACCUUGUCUUCGACAGGGCUUCUUCAGAACUUAUUUGGUCUAAAUAUGGGCUGUUCAAUAUCAGUGAAACGGAGCCACCGGGAUGCAACGACUAUGCCAGAAAGCAGAGCAUGUCUCAGCUUUCCGUCGGGACCUACUAUCCCAAGUCAAUGAGCUCCAAAGGCAGCUUUUCAGCCAUCGAACGAACCCUGCCUCCACUCAUGGAGACGGAAUCGAAUGAAGCGGUAUCUAAAUACGUAAGCAGCUUACAUUAA